UUGCAUGAUUCAUAUAUUGCUCUUCCCAGUACAAAGACGGUCACACAGACACAGAAGACCGAGACAUCCAAUAAACAUAAUUGGAAAUUUACAGAUUUAGUAAUCCUAAAAAGGAAUCCAGGAAGUCGGAGGAGUCCGAGAAUCAUUCAGAUCAAGACGGUGACAGGAUCAGAGGGAAGGAAACGAUUGUUAUUUAAAGACUCAGUUUGUGGACGGGAGAGAAUGAUCUUCAAACAUCACCAGUUUGGCCCCUGGGCUGCUGUGUCAGUUCUCCUCGGUGUGUUGGUGGAUGUGUCCGGUGGAAUGAUGAGUGUUCAGCUGAUCCCUCAGAAUCCGGUCACUGGGGGAUCUGUCACUAUGAGUGCUACUGGGAUUACUGGGAGAAUUCAGACUUUUACUUGGUAUAAAGGACCGAGCGUAGACAGAGAAUAUGAAAUCCUUACAUAUACCCCUGGUGAUAAGAUCCCACUUAUUCCUGGACCUCUUCAUUGGAGUAGGGUGACAGCUUUCCCUAAUGGAUCUCUACAGAUCUCCAACCUAGAUAGAACUGACGAGGGAAAUUACAGAGUAUUGAUACAAACAGAUACACAAAGCCUUAUAGUUCUAUACUUGAAAAUCUAUGACAUGGUUCAUACACCAAAAGCUUCUACCUCAUUUCCUAAGGAAAGUGAUGCCGUCACCCUCACCUCUCCAAUAGUGUGUAAGACUACGUGUCCCUCUGGCAAUGAACUUGAUGGUGGGAAAAUUGCUGUAAUUGUUAUUGGAACAGUUAUUGGGAUAUUCAUCCUUGAAGUCAUUGUGUACUUUGUUUUAAAGAAAAAGAAAGGUAAACCAAGUGGUUCAGUAUAUGAGAAUGAAAAUGUUUCUCAACAACACAACAAUGAAAUGACUUUCCCAAGAUCUGGGGUGCAUCCAACACAAGAUUCUACCUAUGCGCAAUUAUCACAUAAGAACAGAUCCAUAUACAGCACCAUAGAGCCUGCUACUGGAAUAUAGAUUUCCCUCCAGCAUUUCACUGAUGUAACUUAACUGGAGGUAAUGUAAGAUCUGCCGUAUGUAUCCUCAUCCGUCAUAAGAGAGGACAGCGUGUCUAUCAUGGAUCUCUCCAGUCCUCAGACUUUCCUCGCCCUGCAAAAUCUCUGACCAAACCUUCCACACACUAUUCAUUGCCUUCUAAUGUAACCACCCAAGUGCUGAUACUGUAUGGGGGGUCAAUAAACGAUGCAGAAAGCCCGCUACUAUGAUUAAAAUUCUUGUUGGUAUAAGUUGAAAAUGCCAGAGAACAAUAAAGCCCUGUACACACCAUAGGUUAACCAGAGGACAACAAUCACACCUACACA